GAUUGGUCUUGAGGGGUAAGGUUGACGUGGAUUUCUUGGUUAUCUGUCAUUAUUGGCCACGUAAACACAGAUCGUCUUAUCCGAUUGUAGUCGGUUGGUUAUAAGUUUAAUUCGGAAGCCAGUACAUUAUUUUAGAGUGGAGGUGCAUUUUGGAUUCCCGAGUACACUAGUGCAAAAUGAAGGUUAAAGAGAUCGAAAGGACCGCCAAUAUAGCGUGGAGUCCAUCAUGUCAACAUCCAGUGUAUCUCGCUGCUGGUACAGCAGCACAACAAUUAGAUGCCACGUUCAGCACAACGGCCGCUUUAGAGAUUUACCAGUUAGAUUUGGGAGAUCCUGAAACCGAAAUGCCGCUAAAAGCAUCGCUGACAACAGAACAUAGGUUUGAUAAAAUAGUCUGGAGUAGCCAUGGAAUGGAUGACAAUAGUUACACAAAUGGUGUUCUAAUCGGCGGUGUUGAUAAUGGUAACGUAAUUCUGUAUGAUGUUUCCAAGUUAUUAGAAAAUGAAGAUGGAUACAUAACCAAAACAGACAAGCAUACAGGUGCAGUGCGCGCCUUAGAUAUCAAUCCAUUUCAGCCCAAUCUCCUGGCUUCAGGAGCUAGUGAUUCAGAAAUAUAUAUCUGGGAUUUAAAUAAUCCAGUUAAUCCAAUGACCCCUGGUGCCAAAUCUCAGCCUCCUGAUGACAUCAGUUGUCUUGCUUGGAACCAACAAGUACAGCAUAUUCUAGCAUCUACCAGUCCUGGUGGACGAUCUGUGGUGUGGGAUCUCCGUAAAAAUGAACCAAUUAUCAAAGUUACUGAUCACAGUUCGAGAAUACGAUGUAAAGCGGUCGCUUGGCAUCCUGAUGUAGCAACCCAAAUGGUACUGGCAUCAGAAGACGAUCAUUCACCAGUCAUACAAAUGUGGGACUUGCGAUUCGCAACGUCUCCACUAAAGACUUUGGAAAAUCAUCAACGGGGUGUACUCGCUGUCGCUUGGUGUCCGCAGGAUCCUGAUCUCUUGCUCAGUUGUGCAAAAGACAAUCGUAUACUGUGUUGGAAUCCAAAUAGUGCAGUGUCUGGCGGUGAAGUCGUAUAUGAAUUACCCACAUCCACACAGUGGUGUUUUGACGUUCUUUGGUGUCCAAGAAAUCCUGCUGUUAUUUCCACGUCUUCAUUUGAUGGUCAUAUCAGUGUGUAUUCGUUGAUGGGCGGCGGCCAGCCAGUGCAACAGAAACAACAACUGCAGAAAGAUAAAAUUGCCGAGUCUUUCCCUGGUGCAGAACCAUUUGUACAACCUGCCUCACAGCAAGUGGAAACCAAAGCUGAACCUGUGCUGCUGAAACAACCACCUAAGUGGCUAAGAAGACCAGUUGGUGCAAGUUUUGCUUUUGGUGGAAAGCUAAUUACCUUUGAAGGGGCCAAAGCAACUGGACAACAGCAACAAAGACCAUCCCGGCCAGUUCAUAUAAGUCAGGUGGUCACUGAGAAAGAAUUGUUGAAGAGAUCAUCUCAAUUGGAGGCAGCUUUGCAAAGUGGAAAUUUUGUAGAUUUUUGUGAUAGUAAAAUUACUGGUGCUAAAAAUCAGUUUGAAGGAAAAGUUUGGAGUUUUCUGAAGGUUCAUUUUGAAAAAGAUUCAAGACAUCAGUUUUUACGGUUACUUGGAUAUGAUCCUCAUGAACUUACUAAGAAAGUAGCAUCCGCUACGGGUGCUGCUGUAUCGAUUGCUAAUGGCACAGACUUGGGGAUAGAUGCAACAGAGCUAGCAGAGAAGAUGGAGUUGCUGGCAGCAGACGGCAAAUCUUCUGAUGCAAGACUUGGUAGUGGGCAGAAUACACCAAUCCUUGGAUCAAAGACCCCAGAUAGUGAUGCUGCAGCCACCUUUGAUGCCAUUACAGCCCAGGGACCAGUAGAAAUACAUUCUGGAAAGAAAACAGAGUCUAGAUCGCAGUCUCCUUUCUCAAUCUCGACAGAUGAAGAUACAGAUGGACUAAUAAGUCAGUCGUUACUAACGGGCAAUUUUGAGGCAGCCGUUGAAGUAUGUUUGCAGGCGGAUAGACUUGCUGAUGCUAUAGUGCUUUCUAUUGCGGGUGGAACCCAUCUUCUGGCUAGGACACAGAAAAAAUACUUUCAAAAAGUGAAAACUCCAACAACUCGGCUAAUAUCUGCUAUAGUAACAAAAGACUGGUCUGAUAUCGUCAGUGGGUGUGAUUUAGAUAACUGGACGGAAGCACUGGCUGCGUUGAUGACCUAUUCUAAAGCAGAGGAGUUCUCAACACUCUGUGAUAUUCUAGGAGAAAGGUUAGAAAGUGAAAGAGGUGGUGAAAUGAGUGUCAACGCUUGCCUCUGUUAUAUAUCCUCUGGUAAUAUUGAUAAAUUAGUCUCAUGUUGGUCUAAGAUAGCCAAGUCAAGUUCACCAUUAGCAUUGCAGGAUUUGAUUGAAAAAGUAAUGAUACUUCGUAGAGCUGUUGAAUCCCGGAAAGGUCGUAGUGAAAUCUCUGGAAAAGCUUUUGCUAAUAAACUGAGUCACUAUGCUAAGCUGUUAGCAGCCCAAGGUAAUCUGAUGACUGCCAUGCAGUAUUUGGGGCAGUCCCAGGAGCAAAGUAUUCUGGAACUACAUGACAGAUUAUUCCAAGCUCAGGGUGAGGCUGUAUCUCAUUUAAAUGCCCCUCCCUUCCCAUUUAAGUCGGUGAAUAUCAAGGACAAACCUGAUCCAGAACCAGUACCCCAGCAGCAGCAGCAGCAGCAGCAGCAGCAGCAGCAGCAGCAGCAACAACAACAACAACAACAACAACAACAGCAGCAGCAACCACAACAACAGCAGGAAGUUGGUGUGAAUUCGUUUCAAACCAGAACGGUUACAAGUACUCAAUACUAUUCAUCUGGGCAAGUACAACAAGAAAAUCAGCAACAACAACACUUUGCUUAUCAAGACCAGAUAGCUAAUCAAUCAGAAGGUGCUUACGGAUCAACACCAGCAGCAUCUGCCGACUCAACGAAUAUUUAUUCCUGGAAAGGUAACCAGGGGAAGUAUGCUAGCUAUGCGAAAUCUAGCAGCGUUCAGGGAUAUAACUAUUCACAGUCGGGUUAUUCUUCAUAUACGCAAAAUCCUGAACAGCCGCACGGAAUGUAUGGGACAGCCGCACAUAAUAAUGGUAGUUAUAGUACGAAUACAACACCUUCUACUGCUCCCCCAUACCUACUAUCGACGGGACCACAGGCACCUCAACCACCACAACCACCUGUACCACAACCACAACCUGGUAUGUCUAAUCAGCCACGUUCAAUGCAACAGACAAUGACGACGGGUUCUUCUUCACAACAGGAUCCUCCACCCGGAUGGAACGAUACCCCAAUACUGAGGCCUAAAAAGAGCCAAUCAAAGCAGUCGUAUGUCGCACCACAACCGAUUACUGCCCCAAUAUUCGGUGUGCCACAAGAAGAAGUAGGCCCUGCCCCUCCCGGUGCAACCCAAGAUGCUCCCGGAGCCCCCACAGCAUACGUACAACCUCCUCAGGUAUAUAACCAAAAUGCUUAUCAGAUUCCAGCACAACAACCAAUAACAAAUCAACAAAUACCGACUGCUACUAACCAAGAACAGCCUAAAAAGGAACCUGAGCCUCCAAAAGAAAAGGCACCAAUCCCAGCUGAGCACCAGGUGGUUUCUACGACAUUCGAUGGUUUAGCUCAGAGAUGUGCAUCUGUUGGUACGAAUCCUCAAAUAAAACGUACAAUAAAACGUAAAUUAGAUGAUGUCAUAAAGAUUAGCGCACUAUAUGAUAAACUGAGGGAAAAUUCAUUAUCUCCAAAUGUUAUAUCAGGUCUUCAUGAUAUGUCACAAGCUAUUAAUAGUUACGAUUAUCAAGCAGGAUUGGCUGUUCAUCAGCAGUUGGUUGCUACUGGUAACUUCUCCGAAAUUGGUACUUUUAUGCCUGGAUUAAAAGUUCUCAUGCAGGUUGCCGUACAGCUGAGAGUGUAGUUAUGAUAAACACGGAUCCCAAGAAUUGGCUUACAAGGCUUGAUUCUAAAAAAUCUCUCUUCUUAUGAGGGAAAUUUGUAUAUGAAAGAGUUUUAAUUUAUUCUUUUGUUUCAACAAAUCCAAGCAUUGUGGCCGCUAUGCUUGUUUUUUGGGGUGAACACUGGAUUUGUUUCAAACAACUCCAUUGUCUUAGUCAAGCUCAUUUUUACCAAGCUAUCCCGCUGGUUUUUAUCCUCCAAUUCAUCAGCUUCCUUCUCAGUGAUGCCAUAACGAUUCCUUGUCAGACAGGGCGAAGAAUAACACUCUGAUAAUGUAUGCAUUUGCCUCAAUUGUUUUGCAGCAUAACAUAUUCAUUGUAUCAUCAGGAUAUUAAAGUAGCUGCAAACCUUUGAGGAAAAAUUAGUCAUUGUGUCUUUCAAUAAACAAUUUGUUCGUAAAAUUUUCUUUGGGAUUAAAAUACUGCUAUUCCUGGGACGGGUGCUCUAUGCGAUUAUGCAUAUAAGUACCUACCAACAUUAGUUGACGGCCACGAUUAGUGAAUCAUUUCUGUUUUUGUGACCUGAUUUUGAAAGUACAGAGAACUCCUUGCUUGUGUAUAGCAUUACAAGGGUCUCCUCUCAAAAAAGUCAAUUGGCCAUUUCACUAUAUCCUAACAUUUGUAGAAACUGUCCCAAAAUAAAGAUUGUUUAAUUCUCUUUAUUCUUUGUACUGUCUGUGACUUUUAUGGCGUCAAUACAGCAAAUACAAAGUCAUCUGCGGCUGCUUAUUUGCUUAUCAACAGUAUCUGACCCACUGCCUCAAUCUAAGACGAUGUUACAAAUAUUUUAUUUUGCUUAAUUUUUGAGCUGUUAGGACACAAUAGUUGUCACAACUGAAAGUUGGACGGCCUUGGAACUCCCUUUCACAGCACUUGUGGAUUUGUGUUGGAAAAUAACAAAAUUUGUUGAGCAAUGUUUCCUGUACAACAACAAACAAACAAACAAAAUAAAUCUACAGCAGGUUUUUAUUUCUAUUUAAUUAAAUUCUGGAGAAAAAAAAUGUUCUAAAUUUUUAUUUAUUGCCAGAAUGCCCCUCGCCUGCCUGUAUGAUAAAGGGAAAAGGGGUGAUAUCUGGGUAGGUUGUUUCAUUGAAAGAUUUGAGAUAAGCUUCCAUUGAAGGUUGAGUGUAAUGCUCCCCUGUGAUAAUAAUAGAAAUGUUCCCAAUUUUAAACUUCUGUUUAUUCGUCUGUAUUGUAAAUGAAGUGACAAUGCAAUGUUUGUAAAAUGUCAAUCAAAUAUUGUGAUUUUUAACCAGAUCAAUAAACAAAGCAUCUUUACAAAACUAAA